CUAUUGAUGUAUUUUUGUGGAAGCUGCUUUCCCUUGUCAAAUUACUUUCCUGGAAAAGAAAGUGUGUUUUUCCAGGGGGGAAAACGAUGGGGUUGUCCAACUUUCCUAGUGCAUCCGAAGGGAUACUUCCAAUGCUGGUACUGAACACGGUUCUAUCAGUGGCUUUGUUGAAGAACAUGGUGAGAUCUUUGCUGCAAGUGAUGGGUGCAACUUGGAGCAGCAAUUUCUCUGCUUCGAAUUUAGAUAUCGACGACUCGGAUGAGUUCCAGGACGAUACCAGGAAUGCAAGGAAGAGAAGGGUAUCGAUAACCCGAUUCAAAUCCUUGUGCCACCACAGGCACUACCACUCAUCCGCGGCUUCCGGCGGAUGUUGCGUGUGUUUAUGCGGGUUCCAAGCUGACGAGGAGGUGAGUGAGUUGUCUUGCAAGCAUUUCUUUCACAAAGGCUGCUUGGAUAAGUGGUUCAACAACAAGCAUAGUACCUGCCCUCUUUGCCGAGCUGCUAACUAGAGAAAUUCGGGCUUAUUCGGAUCAGACCUACUGUUUUCUUUUCUUUUUCUCCCUUCUUGGUUCAUUUAUGAGCAUACAAGAUUGUCCUUUUUUUUUUCUUUUGCUCUCUCUUCUGUGUGUUUACAGUGUGUACAAGUACCACAGACAGUGUAUCAAUAAAAGAAUUAAUGGAGGGGUUGAACAAA